AUGAUUGUUCAAACUUCUUGGUCCCUUCUGAAGAAGUCUCAGGAUCUACUUUGGAUCUUGGAGAAAGGCCUUCGGAGAUGUGGCAAGAGUUGCCGUCUACGGUGGCUCAAUUACCCAAGGCCAGACAUCAAACACGGAGGUUUCCCUGAAGAAGAGGACAACAUUAUUUUUACCCUUUAUGGGCAAAUGGGAAGCAGAUGGUCGGCCAUAGCCUCUCAGCUUCCUGUUAGAACAGACAAUGAUGUGAAAAACUACUGGAACACCAAGUUGAAGAAGAAGCUAAUGGCAGGAAAAGUGAACCUCAAAACAAUGACAGACAGUCGCAUUAAUCUUCCUUCGACCCCAUUACUGACUCACAAUGUUCAGACUCAAAGCCAAAAUUCAGAUUUUCCUGCUCCUCAAAACCAGAGUUCAUCUCCCAGCUCAACUCUGCCCAUCCUGACCGAUGCAAAUUCUGGGUUUUACAUUAACACUCACACCAUGAUCAGUUUCGAUCCGACUCAAUUAUACAGUCCGAGUUUCAUGGAUAUCUCAGAAAUUAAUAACGCAAGCUCAAGUAUGAUGGCCUUGUCUCAGGAAGGUUCAAGAAUUUCAGAUUCAUCUUUGAUUGCAAUGGAUAACAAGUGUUUGUCGCUGCCAGAUCAUGCCGGCGACGAAGCUACCCAAGUAUUAAUGAAUUUUGGGUAUGGAUUUCCCUCUGACGUUGUGAAUAAUGGAUUUUACUCCCAAGAGAAAAUUGGUGAAUUCGCUUCAAUUUUCUAUACUCAUGAGUUGGUUGCAUUCGAAAUACUAUUGUUUUCCUACGGUACCAUUUGA